AUGGUGAUGGAUUUCACCCAAUUUUCAAACAUUGUCAACGGCGAAGCGAGAGGCGGGAAUGCUGUCUAUCAAGGCAUCGAUCCUACCACAAGACAGAAACUCUGGGAUGUUCCUGUGGCAACACGGCAAGACGUCGACGAUGCCGUCCAAGCAGCUCAGGAGGCUUUCAAGUCGUGGUCAACCACUCCGAUAGCCAAACGCAAAGAGAUUUGUUCCAAGUUUGGGCAGCUUUACCAAAGUCAUAUGCAAGAUUUCGAUUUUCUCAUUAGAAAGGAAUGUGGGAAGCCAGUGAGUUACAACAAUUUAGCAACUGGCCUUUUACCAGAUCUGACGAUUGAAGAUGAGCAGCGAGUGAUGAUUACCCAAUACGUGCCGAUGGGCGUGGUGGCUGCUAUAUGUCCCUGGAAUUGUGAGUCUUCAUUCUUGAUUCUUGGAAAGAUUGCACCAGCGUUGGUUUCGGGGAACUGCGUGAUUGCAAAGCCAUCGCCCUUCACACCGUACGGACUUCUCAAACUUGUGGAACUUGCUCAGCAAGUCUUUCCUCCUGGAGUACUGCAGGUUCUGGGUGGGGACGAUUCCCUGGGGCCCUGGUUGACUGAACAUCCCGGCAUUCAGAAAAUUUCCUUCACUGGUUCGACUGCGACGGGGAAGAAGGUGAUGCAAGCAUGCUCGAGGACGCUAAAACGACUGACCCUCGAACUUGGUGGGAAUGAUGCUUCAAUUAUCUGCCCCGAUGUAGAUAUCGCAAAGGUCGCUCCAAAAGUGACUGAUGGUGCAUUCAGGAAUUCCGGCCAGGUCUGCACAGCAACCAAGCGAAUCUAUGUACACGAAUCCAUCUAUCCAGAUUUUGUGGUUGCCAUGGUCAAGCAUGCUCAAACUUUGAAGGUUGGCUCAAGUGAUUUGGAUGACGAUGUUAAGCUUGGUCCAUUGCAGAACGAGAUGCAGUAUUUGAAAGUAAGAGACUAUUUCGAUGACUGCUUGCAAAAUGGGUUCAGAUUCGCCACUGGCGGGCUUGUGAAGGAUUCGACAGGGUAUUUUAUCAACCCUACUAUUGUUGAUAGCCCACCAGCAGAUUCUCGAAUCGUGCAAGAAGAACAAUUUGGUCCUAUUGUUCCGGUGUUGCCCUGGUCGGACGAAGAAGAUGUGAUUCACGAGGCGAACAACUCCAACACUGGACUUGCCGCUUGCGUCUGGUCCUCGGAUAUUGAUCGUGCGACUCGUAUCGCCAGUCGAAUUGAGGCUGGAAGUGUCUUCAUCAACAGUGCUGAGUCAAUUACGCCCAAAGCGGUAUUCAGCGGCCAUAAGGAGAGCGGGCUGGGCGGCGAAUGGGGGAAAACGGGACUACUCGGCUUCUGCAACGUGAAAGUAACCCAUAUCUUCAAGUAA